AAUUUUCAUUUCAAGGUGAUCUAUAUCUUUAAAGUGUCCGAUUUAUAAAAAUAAAAUAAAAAAGGUAAUUAUGUGGAGGAUUGUGGAAUAUCAAGAGGAAGUAGACAGAAAUGACUAGCCCCCAACUUGCCUGCUCUUAAGUUACCAUGGGAAGAGCGUUGAGGGCAGACUUCAUGCUCCUCACCUGCUUUUUCUCUCCAUCCAUUGAUGCGCUUACUCUUUCUAUCAGCCACCAUCAUAAUUAUGUGCAUUAGAGAGAGAGGUGCUCAGCUGCUUGUGCAUGCAUGCACACUCUCAUAAAUGCAUAAAUGACUGACACUGCAACGAGAGAGCGAGAGAGGAAGGGAAGGAGGGGGCAGGAGUGCAGGGGGAAUCAGCACUAGCAUCAGUGAGAGAGAGCAAUAGACCAGACAGGGAGGAGAGUAGAAUAGAGGACAGUUGGCUACAUCGCUCCUCACACACAGACGGAGGUGGAGAGAGGAGAGGAUGAGACACUGUGGGGGAAGGAGAGGACAAAAGAAGACCGCCGUUCAUCACGCCAUUCCAAAGAAGUGAGGCUAGACAAGACUGACGCUGAACGAGGGAGCUGGCGUGACUUUGUGAUUUUGAAGAGAACAGAAGAAAAGGAUAAAAGAAAAGAGCGUGUUUUUGUCUUUCAGGGAGGGGGCUGAGCAAGAAAGCAAAUGAAGGAGAAGGAGGAGAAUUGUCUGGCACUGUUUAAAUAUUAACGUGAUUAUGAUUUUAACAUGGAGGUCGUUCGUUUUUACCUAAAAUGUGUCUCUCUCAUUCUCUUUUUAAUCCAAGGAUUUAGUGGAUGAAAUAACGCUCUUACUUUCUGCAGCAACUACACCGUGAGGACAAAAAAAAGCUCUUUAAAUUAUUUUACAUUGACUUUUUUAGAUUACAACUUACGAACUCUUGUAUUUUUAAUGUACAAAGUGAUGUCUGGUAUUGAAACAGUAUUUUUGGUGUUACUUAAGAGUAAUGCAGACAAAAAUCAGGUUUUUUAUGCAAACCUUUUAGAUGUCUUUAUUUGUAGUGUAUAAACAGGUGCUUUCAUAGAUAUCGGUAAAUAUUUAAUAGAUAUCAGGACUACUUUUUAGCUUUUGCUAGUUCUGCUGUCUUUAGGUGGAAGUGUGCAUGAGGCUGUCUAAAGAGAGUGUGUGUGUACUCGAGUAAUAUUUGAUUUUCUCAUUUGGACCGGUGCCACGACUGCGCUCUGUGCAUGUGUUCAGAUGUGUGUCUGGUUCUUUUUGAGUUUGGAUGUCAACACUGAUCACCGCUGUGGUGUUUGUGGCAGCAGCGGUUGAACUUUCCUGUCCUGUGCCAGCGCUCGCUGCACAACAUUGAUUCAUGCUGGCUCUGAGCUCUCGUGAUUGGACUGGGAGAGAGCCGACAGGUUUUGUGUUGGCGAAACUUGUCGGGCUUUGUUUGGGUUGUGUCACGACUCUGUCUCGCACGGUUUUUCCUCAGUCUGUUACCAUGGCAACGGGUUCAUUGGCAUGUUAAGUUCUCAAUGCUUUGUCUUUUGCAACUUCAGCGCUAGCGUGUUGCAGUGUCUCAAGUUAUGCUUUUAACCGGACUCUAUGUUCAGUGUCGCCAGUAUUAGGAAAGAGUCGUGCCUUCAGACCUUACGAGGGUUCAAGGUGCUCACUCUGAAUCUUUAGUUCAUUCGGCUAAUCUCUAAAUCAGAGUUGCCAUAUCCAACAUCGGACUUAUCUUUUCACUGACCAUCAAAAUCAUUGAUUUAUGAUGUUUUAUAUUGAAAUGGUGUAGUUAAACUCAGGUUUUUCCAUUUGUGCUGGAGCUCAACUGCACUAAUUCAACAUCUGAUUUACCUUUAGGACAAUGAGAUUAGCCAUUUCGGCUCACAUUAAUAAAAAUAUACAGUCUAGCCUAUUAACUACACCUGUGCUUGACAAUAGUCUCUCUAUGUGGUUGGUUUACUUGCCUUUGGUUUCACUUCAGACGAACAGGAACCUCUCAGCCUUUAGAUACAGUGCAGCCACUGUUGGGUUGGCAACUCGUUCACUCAUGUGUACUGGUUUCUGAAACAACCCAUCAUAUCAAAACAGGGAUUUUGCCAUAUUCCUAACCGACAGGUGCUACACCCAAGCUAGGUUACCAUAGUGUGUUAAACUGUUAUGAUAUUAUUUAAAUGUUUUUUUUUUUUAUAGUUUGAUUUCUACUUCUCUGUACAGGUUCUCCUAAACACUGUGCUAUUUCUGUGCCAUUUUGUGUUGAGUCUGUUGACGUCUAUAAAGUCCAUGACACGAUGAACGACUCUGUAAUACAGCCAAGUCUGGGACACUUCUGUGUAAGUGUAUAAUAAAUAAAAUGAGCAAAGCUGUUUGGACUAUACUGAAUACAGUAAGCUCUGCAGCACUAAACUACUGGUUCUGUGCCAUGUCGUCUUGAUACGGUUUAUGAACUUCUCAUCUCGUAACUUACUGCGCUUUGUCAACCAGGUCUGAGUGGUUCUCUUUACAGGUCCUCUGUGAGGAAUCUCUCCAUAAGAAUGGCCCAAUAGCACCACUAAUGUGGCGCUUUGUAGAUGCAGUGGAGUGCACAUAAAUCCCUCUGGUCUCUCGGGUCUUUUCGCACUCCAACCGAGAUAAUAGGGCCACAUCGUUGUCUUUGACUGCCAGUCACAUCUGUAGGAACAACUUGGGAUGUCUCGCAUUUGUUCAUGCACAUCUGAGGCAAGACACUCUGUCCUUCUGAAGCCCUGAGGCUUCUUUGUGGUCACACACUGGUGCUAAAGAGUAAAAAACCAAUCAGAAACAGCUGAAUGGACAAAGUAAACCACAACAAUAGAAGCUCAAGGUGUUUUUGUGGUUGCUAAUGUAAAAUAUAUGCGGUGAAAACCAUUGUACAUGGAACAAGAGUGGAUUUGGUCCAAGACGGCUGGACUUGGCUAUAAACUGGCAUUCAUAACACCAGUAGAAACUGUUAAUGGUCUAUAUAUGCCAAUCAUUUGUGAGGUUUAGAGUUACCCUGGUCUGUUAGCUCAGAACUGUUAAAGUUACAAAACAGUUACAAAACUGUUGGCUCUCUAUCAGAGGUUUUAAAGUGCUUUACACUAGGGAUGUGCAUUGGUGUGGUUAAAUUCGCUGUUUGACUUUGCUAAGUGAUGUUUAGAGGGUAGGUUUUCACUCAGGAAACAGAUCUAUAAAGAACUGCUCAAUCCAAGACUGUUUGCCUAAUUUUAAGGCUAAUGAGCAUCUGAUUGAUUUUCCAGUUAGCGUCUAAUGAGCAGAUCUCUGGAGGCGGUACUUCAGAUUUGGCCAAUCGGGUCUCAUUACCGUCACCCUGACAGUGCUGGAACGUGCUCGUUUUAGGAACAUCAUAGUUCCCUUGCGGCUGUAUUGUUACACUUUAACUUCUUCACAGAUCACACCAACCAAUCAGUAUCAGUUCUCUAAAUGGUGCUCGAACCCAUGUUAUCUUCUAUACAGCCAUAUUUAACUUUGGCAUAACUGCUUCAGGGCUUUCUGAGUCAUUUGUCGUUUUCAUAUUUCUACAAACUGUUGUUUAUCAGGGUUAAUUAUCCGUGUAUAUAAUCAAAUAAUUUUUACCUGCGUUCGUUGAUUCAGUGAAUUAUUGCGCUAAUUUGAAGAUUGCAAAGAGGCUCUCAGGUGUUUUUUUUGUUGUUGUUUUUUUUAAAGGAGAAUAGGAGUAGCAGGACAGCCUGGAGAACGGGAAAGAAGACGUGGGAGGGGGUGCGGGGGAGCGAGAGAUUAUCUGGAAGAAGAGAGCGAGCGUGUUGGAGAGGGAGAGUGAGCUGGAGAGGCAGAAGCUGGAGGAGGAGAGGAGGAACACUGUGGGACACACGGUGUGGAGGCUGAGGGAGGGAUUCCAGGAGAGGAAGGAUAGAGAGGAGGAUAGACUUAAAGGGACGAGCGCAGAGGGCACGAAAGCAGCGCAGCCGGAGGUGAUCUGGAAAAGACGUGAGGAAGAGGAGGAGAAAGAUAGGGAUAGAGCUCGGCUUGGCGACAGAGGUCCCACAAUCACCUGGAGGAAGAGGGAAAGGGAGUGACAGGAAAAGAUGGGGAUGUGUCAGCUCUAAGCUCUUUCAGAUGUGUGACAGGAUGUGAGGUGGCAGAUUUAGACUUAUGGUACAAAUAAACCUGCAUGUACUCAGACUUCAUGUAAUCUAGGUGCUAGAUAGUGUAUAUUAGGUCCCCUUUUUAUAUAUUGUAUGAAAUUACGUGUUGAAUUUAAGUCUGGCCUAUAGUAAAAUCUGUAUAGUAUCAUAUUAAUAUAUUUAUAUAUAUGAUGCUUAAAACCCAUUAAAAUAAUCAUUAUUAUGCACAGAAUCAAAAACUCGUAUGUUACAUUUCAGUUUUAUUUAUUAAUAAUGUUGAAGGAAAAAUUAAACAUUUAGCUGCUCUUUAGCUUCUGAACUUCAGAUUUAGCUUAAUAUUGUAUGCAAAAUUUAAUUUUCCCCCCCACAAAAAUAAAUAGUUUCAAAAUAAAUUGAUGAUUAACAGACCUCCUAAAGGUCAGUGUACCCCUUGUUGUAGAUCCCUGGUGUACAUUUUUUAACACCUGGACUAAAUUAAGUCUUUAUACCAAACGUUGAGGAUUAUGUUGAUUGGCGCCUGUCUAAUCAUCACUGAGCGCAGCAGUUUGAAUCAUCAUUAAAUGAUCCACAUUCACUGGAUCAGUACUUUUAGCAUUUUCCAUCCUUCUCUUCCCGCUCUCUUCCUCUCUCACUCUAUCGAUCCGUCUGUCUGACGGAAGCCUCCUCUCUCAAAGUCUCAGCUGCAGCUAAUAGGCUUUUUAUGGGAGUCUGUCAGACAAGAGUUAGUAGAGUGGCGCCCAGCACAUGCAAAGAGAAAUGAACAUGCACGUAAACACACUCGCAUGCAUAUAAAACACAAUAGCACUUUCUUUCACACAUCUACCGAGACAGAUUGUGUCUGGAACACUUAUGUAUGACUAUACCAAUAACUUCAUGACAAUCAUACUAUAUUUAGUAAUUCAUAGUGUCCUGAGAAUCUCUAUGCAGACUUAAGAUCUGAUGCAAAACCUACACGCUGUGUAUGACAACAGCAGAAAACUUUAUUACUUUUCUGCAUCUGUCUUUUCGCAUCCUGUUUUUGAUACUUUCCGGACUGAACGGUCAGCACAAAUCUCUCUGGUGCGAUGAUGAAGGAAUCGGUAGAUGCAGAGAAAAAGAGGACUUUAAAAGACAAGGGAAAACAAGUUAUCGAUUGUGAUAGAGUGACGUGGAGAGACAAUUAAGGAUGUUUAGUGGACACUGAGACGGCUGAGACAUCAUGGAGCUCGUCCCCAAAACCAAAUACAUGCCCUUCAGGAGCGACUCCUUCAGCUCAACAGACGAGACGGCGUCCAAUCCCUCUCUCCCUUCUUCUGCUCCUCUCACCCCUCCUGGCAUCCCUCCUUCUCUCUCCUCCUCGUCCCUCACUCCCAUCCUCCCCCCUUCGUCUCCACGGCAGGCUGAAAACAGCCCCACCACCCUCUGCUCCUUUUUCCCCAGGAUGGGAGCCCUGCGGCUGGGUGUGUCUUCCACUCUGCUCCCAGGCCUGAAGGCCUCCAGCAGGCCGGCUAGCGUGCCGGGUGGUCAGGGAGGUUUGGGAGGGUCUCCAGAAGACAUUCGGACCUCCACCGCCAACUCUUCUCCUCCUUCUCCUCUUCCUCUCCUUUCUCUAACAGCCCCAUCUCCUCCUCCUCGUCCCCCACAGGAUAUGAACCGGCUGGGUGGGGCCUCGCGGAGGGCCCGUGUGGAAGGUAGCCAGCUCGGCGGAGAUGAGUGGACGCGGCAUGGAUCCUUCGUCAACAAGCCCACCCGAGGCUGGCUGCACUCGGACAAUGUGGUCAGCACAUCUGGGGUCUCCUACACUGUCAGGUAUAUGGGCUGCGUGGAGGUGCUGCAGUCAAUGAGAGCACUGGACUUCAACACCAGAACUCAGGUUACCAGAGAGGCAAUAUCAGUGGUGUGUGAGGCAGUACCAGGUGCCAAAGGAGCUCAGCGAAGGAGAAAGCCCUCCUCUCGUUGUCUCUCCUCCAUCUUAGGGAAGAGUAAUCUCCAGUUUGCAGGAAUGACAAUCAGCCUCACCGUGUCGACCAGCAGUCUGAACCUACUGGCAAUCGACUGCAAACAGAUUAUUGCCAACCAUCACAUGCAGUCCAUCUCUUUUGCAUCCGGAGGAGAUCCAGACACAGCAGAGUAUGUUGCCUACGUCGCCAAAGACCCUGUCAAUCAGAGAGCAUGUCAUAUCCUGGAAUGCUCAGAGGGCUUGGCUCAGGAGGUCAUCAGCACCAUCGGCCAGGCUUUUGAACUCCGCUUUAAACAGUACCUGAAGAAUCCCCCCAAACUGGUUACCCCUCAUGAUCGGUAUGUGCCUGUUCAAACAACAUGCGUUUACAGUCUGUGCUGA